AGCGGUGGAGCUUGGCUUAAAGUUCAAACGCUCCUGUACCCUGCCCUGCAGUAUCUCUAACCAGGAAUUUGAUAAGGUAGUUGAAGUGUGAUGUUACCUUUGCUCUCUCACUGCAAUUGGAAGCAUUCUUAGCUUUCACGUGGACCCCACUGGCGACCUUGGUGAGGCGUUUGCAGGAGAACAGAAUCAUCCUUUACACUGUCAAAAGAAGAUGCUGUUUAAUUUCAGGAUUCUGUUGAACAAUGCAGCUCUUAGAAAUGGUCCCAGAUUCGUGGUUCGAAAUUUUCGAUGUGGACAACCACUACAAAAUAAAGUACAGCUGAAGGGUCGUGACCUCCUCACUCUAAAGAACUUUACAGGAGAAGAAAUUAAGUAUAUGCUAUGGCUAUCAGCAGACCUGAAAUUUAGGAUAAAACAGAAAGGAGAGUAUUUGCCUUUAUUGCAAGGGAAGUCCUUAGGCAUGAUUUUUGAAAAAAGAAGUACUCGAACAAGAUUGUCCACAGAAACAGGUUUUGCACUUCUGGGAGGACACCCCUGUUUUCUGACCACACAAGACAUUCAUUUGGGUGUGAAUGAAAGUCUCACGGACACAGCCCGUGUGUUGUCUAGCAUGACAGAUGCAGUGUUGGCGCGAGUGUAUAAACAAUCAGAUCUGGACAUCUUGGCUAAAGAAGCAUCCAUCCCAAUCAUCAAUGGGCUGUCCGAUUUGUACCACCCUAUCCAGAUCCUGGCUGAUUACCUCACGCUCCAGGAACACUAUGGCUCUCUGAAAGGCCUUACCCUCAGCUGGAUUGGGGAUGGGAAUAACAUCCUGCACUCCAUCAUGAUGAGUGCAGCGAAAUUCGGGAUGCAUCUUCAGGUGGCUACUCCAAAGGGUUAUGAGCCGGAUCCCAAUAUAACCAAGUUGGCAGAGCAGUAUGCCAAGGAGAAUGAUACCAAGCUGUCACUGACGAAUGAUCCAUUGGAAGCGGCUCGUGGAGGCAAUGUAUUAAUUACAGACACUUGGAUAAGCAUGGGACAAGAAGAGGAGAAGAAGAGGCGGCUCCAGGCCUUCCAAGGUUACCAGGUUACAAUGAAGACUGCUAAAGUUGCUGCCUCUGACUGGACAUUUUUACACUGCUUGCCCAGAAAGCCAGAAGAAGUGGACGAUGAAGUGUUUUAUUCUCCACGAUCACUAGUCUUCCCAGAGGCUGAAAACAGAAAAUGGACAAUCAUGGCUGUCAUGGUGUCCCUGCUGACAGAUUACUCGCCUCAGCUCCAGAAGCCAAAGUUUUGAUUCUGUGAUGCUUGUCAAAAGAGAAACCGUGUUCUUCAGUGACAGAAUGAGUCAGUUUAUGAGGGAAGGAGAAGAGAAUCUAAUAAACAAAUCCUGAUACAUGGUAUGAGUGAACGAUAUGAUAUUGCUUUGCCAUUGUGAAACCUUCCUGAAUUUAAGUGCUGAUGCACUGUAAUACAUGGCCUAACUUGGUUUAAACUCUUUAAUUCACAAUUUCUGAGUUACAGUUGGGUACCAUAUUAAUAAUCAUAUACAUAUGCUUCAACUAAACAUAAAAUACUGCAUUCAUAACACAUAAUGUCUAAGCCAUUAAAUGCAAUCUAUGCUUAUUACCUUAAUAAAUUAUCACCCACACUAAUUUAUAAGUAAACAUUUACCAGGCAGUCAGCUGCUGGUAGAUCUGUGGGCUGUGUUCAUAUCCCCCAGGACCAACAAGGACGCCAAAUGAUCCAUCUUGCUGAUGUAGUACAAUUUUCAGGCAAAUGAGGUAGACAUUCACUUACGGAGGCAAAUGAUGAAAAUCUUAGAAAAUAGCUAUAAUUGUGUCCAAACUCUGGAGUUUUUUUUCCAGUCAUUUGUGGAAGGAAGGACGGUCCUUUGAGAGCAUACAUCUCUUUUCUAUUGUGAAUACUUAAUGUUAUAAGCCUAAAGAAGACUUUGUGAACAAGUGUUAAAACCAUGGAUACCUAGCUAGGAACAGAAGAUCCAUUAGUGACAUUUUCGUAGGUUAAAAUUCUCCAGCAGGAGCAAUUUAAUUUUUUCAUGUUCCUGCUUGUCAUGCAUCUAAUCACACUACAUGCUGGAUAUUUCCAUAAAUCUACUGCUUGCCACAUUUUAGCUCAUUUUUCUCCUCUAAUUUUUCUUCAAGAUAAUAAAAAUUUGCAUUACUGGAUUAUUAUGUAAUUAAAGGUAGACGUCUCUUGUGGGUGAACAAAAUUUGUAUUGUUGAAUUAUUAUGAUAUAAUUUGAAAUCUUUAGUUAAAAUUAGAUUUGCAAUGAA